AUGCAACUCAGUGGUCCAAGUGCGCUCACCUAUCCGGAAGCAGUAGUCACUCCCGGUCCAUCACUCUUUAUCACAGGUGAUUCAUUCAAUCAUAGUCUGAUGCCACCACUAAUGGAGAGAUCAAUUGAAGAGUCCUCCCUACCCGGACUGUCGCAUCAGACCACACCAAGCCUCAGUUCAAGUGCUCUAAGCAGUCCUCUGAACGACACUGAAUUGAUCAGUUCACUUGAUUCCGAUCGACUUCUGCCGUCUGGCGUAUCCUUGUCCGGUGGCGUACCAACAACAAUGCCUUCCGGAUGUAUGGGACUCUUAGGUUCAACCCCGUUCCACGCAGCAUUUUUUGGCUCGGCGGCUCCGUACAAUUCACCGCUGGACUGGCUUCCAAUCAACCCAAACUUAAGAGAGAUGCCAUCUCGACCGGAAACGGUAACUUACGACGAUGUGGCGUCGUAG